AUGGCUCCGCCCACACCGCUCGCUAUCGCGACGCAGGCCGUCAACCGCCUGGUUAAAGAAGAGUCCUACUACCACAAAGAACAGGCCAGUCAAGAAAAGCGGAUCAACAAACUCGAAGAGGAUAUCGAAAACAACAGUCCAGAUCUGGACACCAACUCCGAGUACAUCCUAAAACAGGAGAAAGCCGCCUUGGAAGAGACGAAGGCCGUGUUUGAGCCGCUCAAGAAACGGAUAACGGAGGCCGUGGAGAAGCUCGAAGAACAGAUUGCGAUCACGGAAAGCGACGGAAAUGGGUCGGAAGAGGAACUGAAGAAGGCAAAGGAAGCGCUGGGAACGGGGCAGAAGGCUACUGAGAUUCAGGAGGAGGCAUAG